AUGGUGGGCGUCGCGAUGAACUUCUACGACGACCAGGGGCGCCAGGACCUGACGCCCACCGAGGGCAACCGCACGUACGCCAUCAUCGUGUGCAUCUUCGCGUCGCUGGGCGGCAUCUUCUUCGGCUACGACCAGGGCGUGACGGGCGGCGUGCUGGUCAUGGAGUCGUUCCUCAACGACUUCUGCGUGGGCUGGCACGGCCAGACCAUGACGGACUGCACGCGCGCCACCAACGAGCUGCCGCAGCGCUGGGUGGACUACACGCUGUGGUACAACAUGACGUACAACAUCGGCUGCAUGGUGGGCGCCAUCAUCGGCGGCUGGAUCGCCGACAAAUUCGGCCGCCGCCUCACCAUCUUCCAGGCCGGUUCGCUCUUCUGCCUAGGCACGUCGUGGCUCACCUUCUGCCCCAGCCAGGCGCACGGCUCGCUGCUCGUCGCGCGGUUCAUCCAGGGCAUGGGCGUCGGCAACUCGUCCUUCUCGCUCCCACUCUUCGGUGCCGAGAUGGCUCCCAAGGAGCUGCGCGGCUUCCUCUCGGGCUUCAUGCAGAUGACGGUCGUCACGGGGCUGCUGUCUGCUAACAUCGUCAACCAGAUCAUCGAGAACCACGAGCGAGGCUGGAGAAUCACCAACGGCGUGGCGAUGGCGGCGCCCAUCGUCGUCAUGCUCGGCAUCUUUUUCGUGCCGGAAAGCCCUCGUUGGACGUACCUGCACAAAGGCAAGGACGCAGCCUCGGCCGUGCUGAAGCAGCUGAGACAGACCAAGAAAAUUGGCCGGGAGCUUCGCGCAAUCGGCGCGCAGAUCGCGAGGGAAGGACAGCCCGGAGGCUACAAGGAGCUGAUGGAGCCGUCCGUGCUCAAGCGUGUGAUCAUCGCCAUGCUGUUGCAAGUGCUGCAGCAGGGCACAGGAAUCAACCCCGUCUUCACCUACGGCGGUCUGAUUUUCAAGGAUGUUGUGGGAGACGGCAUUUUGUCGGUGCUCAUUAUUUCCAUCGUGAACUUCGUGAGCACAAUUCCCGCUAUGCGGUGGGUGGACACGUACGGUCGUAGGCAGUUGCUGCUGAUCGGUGCCGUGGGCAUGGUGGUCGGUCACCUAGUGUCCGCGAUUCUGUUCACUCUCGGCUGCAACGGCAACACUGAGAGCGCAGGCUGUUCCAAGUCAGCAGGGUACGCCAUUAUCGUGGCCACCUCGUUCUUCGUCUUCAACUUCGCCAUCUCGUGGGGACCUGUGUGCUGGAUCUACCCCGCCGAGAUCUUCCCGCUCAACGUGCGCUCCAUGGCUGUGUCACUCUCUACGAUGGCCAACUGGCUCAUGGGCGUGGUCAUGACUUGGGUCGUGAAGCUCUUUCCGUCUCUGAACAUCAACGGUGUGUUCUUUUUGUUCUCCGGCACUUGUGUUGUUAGCGGAGUGUUCGUGUACUACAUGUGCCCGGAGACCACUGGCAUCCUGCUGGAGGACAUCGAGUCGUUGUUCGACGGCAGUGCGCGUCACAAGAAUUCACCGAAGGAAGUGCAGGAGACGCCGUUCCAGUCCAUGCAGAGCUAUCGCACUCCGGUAUGA